CCAUUUGCAACGGGCUAUCUCGGCACAACAAGUUUUCCGAGAAAAGAAAGAGAGCAUGGUUAUCCCAGUUCCCGAAGCAGAGAGCAAUGUCAACUAUUACAAUCGUUUGUAUAAAGGAGAGUUUAAGCAACCAAAGCAGUUCAUUCACAUUCAACCCUUUAAUCUGGACAAUGAACAGCCAGAUUAUGAUAUGGACUCUGAGGAUGAAACCCUGUUGAACAGACUAAAUCGGAAGAUGGAAAUCAAGCCGUUACAGUUCGAAAUAAUGGUUGACAGGCUUGAAAAAGCCAGUUCUAGUCAGCUUGUAACACUUCAAGAAGCUAAAUUGCUGCUAAACGAAGAUGAUUACCUUAUUAAGGCUGUAUACGACUACUGGGUAAGAAAGCGUAAGAAUUGCAGAGGACCAUCUCUCAUCCCCCAAAUCAAACAAGAGAAGAGGGAUGGCUCUACUAACAACGACCCUUAUGUCGCCUUUCGGAGGAGAACUGAGAAGAUGCAAACAAGAAAGAAUCGAAAGAAUGAUGAAGCUUCUUAUGAGAAGAUGUUGAAAUUAAGAAGAGAAUUUAGCAGAGCCAUAACAAUUUUGGAGAUGAUCAAGAGAAGAGAGAAAACAAAGCGCGAGCUGUUGCAUUUAACAUUAGAAGUUGUAGAGAAGAGGUAUCAUCUGGGUGAUUAUGGAGGUGAAAUCCUCAACGAAGUGAAACUUAAUAGACCUGAAAAAGAGAUGAGCACAACUCCAUCCACUCUUCAUAAUGGAAACCAUCACAAGGUUCAAGAAUGUAAAGUUAAGCAUCCUCAUCAUUCAUCUCUAAAGGAGGAGGUGUCGGAUGUUGUACGCCAAAAGAAGAAAUACCUAAAGAAACCUAAAUUAGAGUGUGUGGUAACUGCUCAACAGCCUUCUACUGAGCCCUUGCCUGCUGUCAAUAAGAGCGAUAUUAAACAGUAUGACUUCCACAGUUCAGACGAAGAUGAGUUCCCACAGGUACCCUCACCAGUAUCAGAAGCAGAAGAAGAAAAUGAUCCUGAUGGACCUUGUGCUUUCAGGAGAAGAGCAGGAUGCCAGUAUUAUGCUCCUCGUUUGGACCAAGCUAACUCUUCAUAUGAAAAUUCAGAAUUGGCAGACUUGGACAAGCUGAGGUUCAGGCAUUGCCUUACAACCCUUACAAUUCCAAGGAGAUGUAUAGGAUUUGCAAGAAGACGGGUUGGCAGGGGUGGAAGGGUUUUAAUGGACCGAAUAUCUACAGAGCAUGAUCCUGUCUUGAGGCAGAUUGACCCGGAAAUGCUGAGUGGUUCUUCAAGCUCUUCCCAGACUUUAGACUUUUCUUCUAAUUUUUCACGGACCAAUACUUCCAAUAAACAUUGUGAAAGCAGACUGUCCCUUUCUGAAAUACUAAGCAAUAUCAGAUCAUGUCGACUGCAGUGUUUUCAGCCAAGGCUACUAAAUCUCCAGGACAGUGAUAGUGAAGAAUGUACCUCAAGGAAACCAGGGCAGACUGUGAAUAAUAAAAGAGUUUCUGCAGCAUCUGUAGCUUUAUUGAACACCAGCAAGAAUGGCAUAUCAGUGACGGGGGGUAUCACGGAGGAGCAGUUUCAGACGCAUCAACAGCAGUUAGUUCAAAUGCAGAGGCAGCAGCUGGCUCAGCUGCAGCAGAAGCAGCAAUCGCAGCAUUCCUCGCAACAGGCGCAUCCAAAAGCACAGGGCUCCAGCUCCUCCGACUGCCUGUCCAAAACGCUGGACUCGGCCAGCGCCCACUUCGCCGCGUUUCAAAAAUCAUGUGUUUUAUCCUUAUCGAUAGCCACAGCUUCCAGAACCUCCAGAACUUUGUACUCCACCAACAUGGCUUUAUCAUCCAGCCCAGGGAUUUCAGCUGUGCAGCUUGUAAGGACAGUCGGCCACACCACCACAAACCACUUGAUCCCCGCGUUGUGCACAAGCAGCCCGCAGCCGCUGCCCAUGAACAAUUCCUGCCUGAGCAACGCCGUGCAUCUCAACAACGUGAGCGUGGUGUCUCCAGUCAAUGUGCAUAUCAAUACAAGGACUUCAGCACCGUCGCCAACAGCCUUAAAACUCGCCACAGUUGCUGCCAGUAUGGACAGAGUGCCAAAGGUGACUCCGAGCAGUGCCAUCAGCAGUAUAGCAAGAGAGAACCAUGAACCAGAACGACUGGGUUUAAAUGGCAUAGCAGAGACAACAGUAGCAAUGGAAGUGACAUAACCUCAAACCAGUGUCUCAACCUGUGCUAACGGUGUAGUCAUUUAUAUUCCAACUGAAUGCAAAAUACAGCACUCUGUGGAUCACAGAGAACUAAAAUGGACCUAAAUGGACUAUCAUUAUAUCGUAUAUUAAGUCGAUAUAUAAUGUAAAUUUUGUAAAAUUGGGAAAAUCACUACCUUGUAAAAUAGUUUAUUUGUAUCAUCAAUAUUAUUUCUGUUACUUGAAUAGUAGAUAUUCAUCAUCAUGCUUUUGCACUUGAAUUUGCAACUGAAUGGAUUAAAAAAAUAAUUCUUUAAUGGGAUCAUGAGCAUGAAAUGGGAUCCUGCAUCACUUGUUUUAACUAUUUAUUUUGCCAUGUUUACAUUUUGUAUCUUGUACAAAUAAAUCCAACUUUGUGUCUAAAAAAAAAGUUAAAGAUUCAUAGCUAGGAAACAAAAUUCUUGUAAUUUUUUUCUAAAGGAAAUGUAAAGUUUUCACUUGGUUCAUUUUGUUUCACAAUUUGACUAGAUGGACUUUUUGGUAAAUACUUUAGUGGCAUUUCACUGUCAAAUAUGAAGUUCAAGGCAAAAUAGUAUUUUCUAUUACUGUGCAGGGGAAAGGGAUGGAUCGAUACAUGCAAAUUUAAUGUAGUAACUCACUUUUCCAUAUAUUUUGAAUGUAUAUUUCUAUUUAUAAUACCAGUUUAUAAAAAAUAAUUACACAGGAAAAAAAAACUGUCUAGGAAAAUUAUGCAUCUAGCACAUAUUAAAUUGUGCAGAUAUGAGAAAAUUUUCAACUGAUUACAUUUUAUCCGGAGACUGCAUAUUUUAACCGGCUUUAAAACUGUAACACACCACAUAAAGGAUAUUUUACCAGGUAUGUAUUGCAUUAUAUAUCAUUGCAAUAAUUAUUGGAUGUCUAGAUAUCGAGCCAUCCCAGGUGGUGGGGGGGAGGGAGGGUUGUGGCAAGAUUGUCUUUUCGAUUUUGGAGAGUUUUCCUGUGGCUACAAGGCAAGUAACGGGUUGGAAAAAGUCUGACUGUAAGCGUUGGACACCUUCGUAGUGUAGUGUUUUAGUGACUUUUUUUAUACGGUUCUUGUAAAUUAGAUACGUGUAGUGGUGUUUCAGAAUGUUUGUUUAUGCACUAGUUCAGACAACUUUCCCUGUUACUUGUUCUUGAUAAGUGAAAACUGCAGGGAAAUAAAAAUACAUAUCAA